AUGUCGAUCGACACGUCUGUCUGGUACAAAAAAAACAUUGGGCGCCGGCUCAGCCCGUUCAUGCAACAGAUCUUCGAAGAAUGGAGUAAUAUUCCCGGUGAUGAGCUACAGAAUCAUCUUCAUGCAGUGCGCGACAAAGCGUGGAAAUACGGUGAAUAUCCCUGCAUCGGCCAAUGGAUGUUUCUCCUGCCGGGGAUCGCCGCGUUUCCCCAGUUCCGGCGAGUGGUUGAGCUCGCGCGCCAGGGAGGCAUUGUGCUGGAUCUUGGGUGCGGCCUUGGCCAGAAUCUUCGACUCCUGGCAGCUUGCGGCGUUCCGUCCAGCCGGAUGUGGGCGCUCGAUCUGAGUCCGCAGUUGUGGCUCUUGGGAUACGAGCUCUAUCGAGAUCGCGAUCAGUUGUUGGCAACUUUUAUUCCAGGCAACUUUCUACACGAAGAUGACUGCCUUGGUCUUCAGAAGUUGUACGGUCAGGUAGAUAUUAUGAUCACUGGGCAGUUCCUCCAUCUCUUCUCUUGGGAGGGACAAAAACAGGCAGGCAAGCGCAUCGUGGCCCUGUCCAAGCUUGGAACUGUCUUGAUUGGAUAUCAGCAGUCACGGCGCCGAGCCCGGGAGUAUAUGCGUCCAUGGGGGAUGAUGUUCUACCACAACCGCGAUAGUUUUCUGAAGAUGUGGCGGGAAAUUUCGCGUGAGACUAGCACCGACUGGAAGGUGGAAGCGACCGAGGUAGACUUGAAGGAAUGGGGGAUGGACGCGGAGGACACUGAGUGGAUGCCAGCAGAUCACCAGGGGCUCAACUUCGUUCUCACCCGAGUGCAUUAG